AUGGCGGGGCCGGAGUACCAGGCAGUAUUCUUGGAUGGGGCUGUAUCUCUGCAUACCUGUUAUUUGAAAUACGGAAAGCUUGGCCAGGGAGUACUAGCGCAGGUUUCCACAUCCCCUGUGAAGUGGCAGAAGAUUCAGUUCCGUUACUUGCCAUGCAGGGCCACCCUCAUCCUCAGCAACAAUGGGUUCAUGUGGAUCUACCAAACUCCUGAACAGAAGGAUAAAGAGGCUGAGGGAUUUGUCACCAAUGUGGAGCCAGUGCCCUUGCCUGACCAGGAAGUGAUCUCCUGCCUCCGCAACUGCAUCAUGGCUCUGGUCGCACAGAAGCUGAUGCUCUAUGACACCAGCAUGCUGCACUGCUACAAGGCAUCCCUGCCUCAUCAGAUCAAGGACCUGCUGAAGCCGGAGGUGGAGGAGAUUGUGCUUCAGACUCAGCAAAGGCUCCUGGAACUAGAGAGAUGAUUGCAGAGUGGGAGGUAAGGAGUGACCUGGUGGACUCCCCAAGGCAGUGCAGGCUCUCCU